GGGCGCAGCCAGCAGUGCAGCAGCAGCCACCACGCAGCAUGGCUGAGAAACCCCAAAUCCAGCUCUUCAUCAAGGCAAGUGAGGACGGGGAGAGCGUGGGGCACUGCCCCUUCUGCCAGCGGCUCUUCAUGGUGCUGCUGCUCAAAGGGGUGCCCUUCACCCUCACCACUGUGGAUGUGAAGAGGGCAUUGGACGUGCUGAAGGACUUUGCACCRGGUGCCCAGCUGCCUGUUCUGCUCUACAAUGGCGAGCCCAAGACUGACACCAUCACCAUUGAGGAGUUCCUGGAGGACCAGCUGGGCCCCCCCAUGUGCCCCAGUCUGCUCCCACGGUACCCAGAGUCAAGCCUGGCUGGGAAYGAUAUCUUCCACAAGUUCUCUGCCUUCAUCAAGAACCCAGUGCCUGCCCAGGAUGAGGCGCUACAGCGGAGCCUGCUGCGGGCCCUGCUGAAGCUGGAUGAGUACCUGGCUGCCCCUCUGGAGCACGAGCUGGCCCGAGAUCCCCAUCUCCGGGCCUCCCAGCGCCCCUUCCUCGAUGGAGACUACCUCACACUGGCUGACUGCAACCUGCUGCCCAAGCUCAAUAUUGUUCAGGUUGUGUGCCAGCACUACCGUCGCUUUGGGAUCCCCAAGGACCUGCGGGGCGUGUGGCGGUACCUCAACAGGGCCAGUGAAACCAAAGAGUUCAAAUACACCUGCCCCAAUAGCCAGGAGAUUAUACAAGCCUAUCGUUCUGUGGUCCAGGCACUGCAGUGAGCCAGGCACGUGCCCUGGUGGGCGUAGGGCCAAGGUUGGGGUCAGGCAGGAGGUCAGUGCCCACCCUGGCCCUGCCUGCWGGGGCUCAGGAAGGCUGAGCACAAGCUGGGCCCCUCGCACCCAAUUUCCCUCCACUGGUACUCAGGUGCCAGCAAGAAUCUGCAGUGCUCUGAGCCCCUCUUGUGCCACCCACCCUUCCUCCCAGCCAGGACAAGCUCUGUGGCCCCUCAAGCAUCAGGAUGUGGGUAAGGGAGCAGAGCUACAGGGACCAUCAGUGCCAAAGCUAUGCCUUGYUGAGGGUAGGGAUAGAGCUGGGAAGAACAAGCUGCCCUGUAGCCACUUGCAUAGGCACAUUGUGCCACUCGCCUGAGCAGCAGGCACCACAGGCUGCCCUCAUACCUGCGCCAGGUGAGGGGACCCAAAAGAGCCAUAGAGAAACCUGGGGACAGAGCUGGAGAAAGAUGGCACAGGCAAUGGCCAGAGAAUGAGAACUCGCUGUCAGAAAGCUCUCAGCAGAUUUGGGGGUUAUGAUGAGGGGAAAACCCAAGCUAAGCUUCAGAGCUCCUGGAAAUCAAUAAAGGCUUUGCA